UUUUCUUUCGUGAACACCGUUCUUUCCUCGUGGAAGAAGCUACCAGCUGAAUAGCUAACUAGCUAGCUACCAGUCAACUUAAAAUGUCUAAACAACAGUCGUUUCAUGUGUUUUUAAAUGAGCGCUUAACUGCGGCUACUGUGGAGAUUUUCGGGGAAGUUGAGAAAACGGUACUGAAAUACCAGGAGGAGAAUGAUCGGCUACGGAGACUGCUUCGGAUCACAUCGGAGGUUAAACUAUGUAGAACAGAAUCCCUGCAGCUCUCUGUCUCUGAAGAGCAGGUUCCCCCUGAGCAGCAGCACUGUGAGCAGGAGUGGAGCCCCAGUCUGGGACAGGAGGACCCAGAGUCCACACAGAUUAAAGAGGAACAGGAGGAAGUCAGGACCAGUCAGGAGGAAGAGCAGCUUCAAGGGCUCUUUGAUACCAAAGACUCCAUAUUCACUCCUUCCUGUGUGAAAAGUGAACGUGAUCUGGAGGACCCACUUUGGUCCUUGACUCUUCCCCAAACCCAGACUGUGGAGAACAGAGAGAGAGACUAUAACCCAGUGGAUCUCAAACCUUUUGUCACUGUGACCCUCAUUGAGGGUUUCUACAGUCUCUGUGACCCUCCAGAUAAUCAAAACAAUGCCUCCAGCCACAGUUCAGCUGUAAGCAGUGACACAGUAGGACUUGACAACAGCCCACCAUUGGAUCCCAGUCCACCAUUGGAUCCCAGCCCACCAUUGGAUCCCAAACACAAAGGAGAUCUGUCCAAUCACAUGAGGAUUCACACAGGAGAGAAGCCAUUUAUCUGUGGUGACUGUGGGAAAAACUUUAAUCACAAGAAGCACCUAAACAGGCAUAAACUGACUCACACAGGAGAGAAGCCAUUCACCUGUGGUGACUGUGGGAAAAGCUUCAAUCGCAAGGAGACCUUAACUACUCACAAACUAACUCACACAGGAGAGAAACCAUUUAUCUGUGGUGACUGUGGGAAAAGCUUUAUUCGGAAGGAGCACUUAACCAUGCAUAAACUGACUCACACAAGAGAGAAACCAUUUAGCUGUGGUGACUGCGGGAAAAGCUUCAAUCGGAAGGUGAGCCUAACUGAA